AUGUUAAAAGAAGUUUUUGUUAAAUUUCUUCUAAAUAUCCUCAACGAUUCUUUAACAGUUGAAUGUGAAUAUGAAGUGAAUCAGCCAUUAAUAUAUUUUUUUGGAUUACUUGGAGCAUUAACUCCAUUUUCAUAUACGGUUGUACCAAAUUAAAAAACAUUUUAUGGAGAUGAAUUGUUUAUUUUUUUCGCAAAGUUAGUGAGACCAUAAUUAUUCUUAAAUAACUUAGAAACUAUCUAAAGUCUAAUGUAAUAUAUAUGUUAUUUUGGAAUUUUAUUGACAUUUAUAAACAUUGUACUAAAAGGGAUGAAUACAUAAAUUUUGGCUCAUGAUUAUCAUAAAUUUAAAAUGACCAGAAAAGUAUUGUUUUUUAUGAAUUAAAUAUUUGAUGUAUGGCUCUUUAAUGUUAUUGUUGAAGUAUUAUUAUUACAUUAAACAGCUUAUAAUUAUAUUAUCUCUAGCAUUUACUUUGGUAUUUUAAUUUAUAGGAUUGCAUUUACAAAAGUUAGUAUAAUAUUUAAAUAUCACACUUUCAAUCAUUAGAAUUAAUCAAUAUAUUAUACUUGCUCCUAAAUUUUAAAUAUAACAUAGAUUUUGCUUUUUGUGCAAGGUUUCAGCCAGUUUUUUGUUAUACUGUAAGUUAUAGUAUCGAUAUUAAUUUGUAUUCUCAAUAUCACAAAUAUACUUAUUCACCUUCCGUAAACAAAUUUAAAUCUUCUCAAACUAUAAUUACAUACUUACUUAAAUUCUUUAAUUUUUUGUUUUGGAGUUUUGAUAAUCCAAUUUAAUGAUACAGAGAAUCACAACCCAUAGUUAAUAUUUAUUAUCUUAUGGCCUUUAUGGAUUAAAAUUUCAUAGUAUCAAUUUGAAAAUUUGUUACUAUAUUCUUCUUCCGAUUUGAAAAAUUUUCAAAAUAAAAUUAUUCAUAUCUUCUUUUAAAAUCAAGGAGAGGACACAAACAUUAAAAAGGUAUUCUAUAGAAAAAAUUUAAGCCAAAAAUUGUUAAUAAUCACUUAAUUAUAGCAAUUAAACCUUAAAAAAAGUAAUUCAAAAAUUUUAGAAUAAAUUAAGAUUGAAGUAAUUAUUUAAUUGAUUUUUAGGAUCAACUAUAGUAUUUUUCUUUAUUACUACUUUUCGAAGAUUAUUACGGAGCAUAUGAAUAUAUUUAAAAAAAUAAAAAAUUUUAAUCAAUGAUUUAGCAAAUUAAAUUUGAUAUUUGCUCAUUAAAAUGCAAACUUGAAUUAAAAUAAUAAAUGAACAUAUUUAGUUAAACAGUACGUAAUAAGGUCUUUAAUCUUGAUAUUUUAAAUUUUAUUAAGGUAGAGAAUUAAAGCUAAUAAUUAAGUGAACAACUAAUUUAAAAUUGUAAGCAGAAGAUAAAAUUUUUAUAGCUUUUUACCCAAAAUAAAAUAAAGAAAGCUAAAUUAGAAAGGCAUGCAAAUUAUUGUAUAUAAAUUUUCGAAGAAAACAUACAAUUAAUUGAAUAACUAUAUAAAUAAUUUCCUUUAAAAAGAUAUUAAAGAUGUUUAACUUUUGCAUAUGCUGAAUUAUGUAAUGAUUUUUUAUAAGCCAUAAGAGUAUUGAAUUUAACUUCAUUUAAUGAUGAAGCUAUUUAUACAAAAAUCCUAUCUUUAAGUUUAGAUUUUUAUUCAAUUAAAACCAUUUAUUUAAUUACUAAUUUAGAAAAUAGGCAAAUUAUUAAACUAUCAUCAAAUUAUCACAAUGUAAUGAAAAAUAAAAUCUAAAAUUUAUAAGAAAUUAUACCAAGAGGUAUAAAAGAUUAUCAUGAAGAAAUGAUUAUAAAUUUUCUAAGAACUGGAGAAUCUAGCUUUUUUUAAGAAACUACAUCUACCUUUUAUUAGAAUGAGGAUUUUAUCUAACCAAUUACUAUUAUAAAUGAUGUUUUUAUCUAAAAUAAUCAAAUCAAUUCUAUUACAAUAGCGACAAUCUCUUGCGAAGAUUCAAUUGUUCUAAUCGUAGAUGAAUCUCUUUGUAUUGUUGGAAUUACAAAAGGAUUUUUAGAUUCCCUUGAGAUUAAUCAUGAAAUAUGUAAAUACUUUUACGGAAUUUAAAUAGAAUUAGUAAUUCCUUAAUUUGUAGAACUUUCAAAAAAUGAUUAAGCUUAAUAUCUAGAACUUCGAUUUUUAAGUGGAUUUUAACUAUAAAAAUAUGUAAGUUCUAUUUCAAAGAAUUUCAUUAGCAAAUAAUAAUAAUAAAUUUUAAUAAAGGAAUGUUGGAAGGAAAAAUCUAAAACAGAUAUCUAUAUAUCUCAUUGUAACAUAAUAAAAUCAAAGUAUGGAUUUUACAAAAUAAUGUUUAAUUACAUUAAAAACGAAAUAAAAGUUCCAUAUCGUAGUUAAACAUUAAAGACAUAUGCUUAGAUAGCAGUUCAUGAUAAGGAUGAUUUGGAUGAAUAAGUUAAAGUGAUUAUUCCUUAUGAAUCAUAAGAAUUUUAAUAGGAAAACCAAGAUGCAUAUAAUAUUCAUAAAUCUGAAGUCCUUGCAUCAGUUAGAGAUCAUUAGACAUUAGCAUUAAUUGAUAUUGAUAAAGAUAUUUAAUUAUAAUAAGUAGGAAGCAAUCAUCGAUAAACUAUAAUUAAACCAUUGACUCUCUAAAAUGUAUAUUAAAGCUAAAAAGAGUUAAUUUAAGAAAAAGACAAUCAAAGUUAUUCAAUAAACGAAGAUGAUAAAAAAUAAUUCUACUCUAUUAAGAAUAUAUAAAAAUAUGGAAUUUUUGAAAAAGUCAGAUAAAUAAGUAAUUUGAGUAGAUCUUAAAAACUGUUAAUUUCAAUCUUAAUAUUAAACCAAGUUUUAUUUUUUAUUUAAAUUCUAUUAUCAAUGAUUAGUAGUCUUAAUAUUUUGAAUUAAAAUAAUGUUGAUAUAGAUCUACUUUAAAUAAAAUAUUAUUUAUUUUAACCAAUAGAAUCAUUUAUUGUAACAAGAUAUACAAUAAUAAAUUAUAAUGCAUAAUAUUCAGCAAAAUCAAUAACAAAAAGUUAAUUAGAUAAAUAUUUAAUAUUUCCAAAUUCAAAUUUAAAUUUAGGAUUUGAUGAUGUUUAAUAGAAUUAAGCAGCAAUUUUAAAUAGAUUAACUUUAUAAGAAUUUUUAGGUUAAUAUUAUGAUUUUUACAUUUAUAUUAAAACUGAUAUAGGAGAACUUUAUAAUAUUACAAUGAGAUAAGCAUUAAGUAUUUUAAUUAAUUAUUAAUAUACUUUUAAAGCUGCUUAUAAAUAUGAUGGCAAAACUGUCUCAGAUUCACCUUAUAUUUUCUAUUCUUAUAGAAAUCUAUUAACUUUAUAUAAUUCUUUUGAUUUAUUAAAUUAAGAUUUAUAUCUUUAAACUAAUCUAACCAUUUAAUUAGAUAUUUCUAAAGAAUUAAAAUUAUUUUAUCCUUUUCUUAUAUUACAAGUAUUAUUUUUAGCCUUAGAAAUAUAUUGCUAUUAUUAUAAUGAUCAAUAUUUAAAUAAAUUUUUUUUCCUUUUUCUUUAUUGUGAUACAUAAGUAAUCUAAUAUGAAUCAAAGCGCUUAAAUCAAUAUAUUGAACUAUAUCACAAUAAAUCAGAAUAGAUAUUAUCUUUUUAAUUUAAAAUAGAAGCCAAAGAAAGUGAAGUAACUGAUUAUAAAGAAAAUUCAAUCAUCUCCUCUUUAAAAUCAUCCUAAAAAUAACGCACUACUAAAAUGACUAUUAAAAAUAGAUACAUUAUACUUUUAUUUUAAACAAUAAUUCUUAUAUCUUUUGGGCUAUUAUAAUAUUUUGUAAUGCAGAAUUAUCUAAAUAAAUAUAAGCCAACUUGUGAGUUUUAUUUGUAAAUGUCAUAUCUUGGAACUAACAUACCAACAAUAUAUGCUAUGCGAGAAGUUCUAUAUUAUAGAUGGAGAUAUCCAUUUUAUAAAAAUGAAGAAUUAUCUUAAAUUUUGCUUUAAGUUGAAACAAGUUUAUAACAAAUAUAAAAUAUUACUGUUUAUCUAUAAUAGAUUUAAAUGUAAUUAAAGAUUCUAAUUUAGGGAUUAAUAUAUUUUAAGCCAAAAUUUUUAUUUAUAUUUAGAGAAGCUUAGUAAUAAUAAUUUAUGUGAAGUGAUAUCUAUGGAUUUAAUUGAAAGAAGCAAGGAUUUUUGUUUUUAAACAUUAGGAGGAAGUCUUUAAAAGGGUUUACAAGGAGCUCUUGUUUUUAUUUAUUCCAGCAUGAAGAAUGAACAACAAAUAAAUUCAUUUCUUAAUAAAACUGAAAAUACUGUAAAUGAAUUAGAAGGAGUAUUUAUUAUUACUGAAAUAAUAAAAUAAGCGAACUUAGCCUUUAAAGUUGACUUCUUAUCUUAAGCUUAAUUAGUUUAAGAUAGUUUAAUAGUAACUAAAUAUUUUUAUUUAGAUCAUUUCAAUUAUUUAUUUAAUUUUCUUGAUGGCUUCUGUAAUAAUAAUUUUAGUUCUUAUUCAUCCUUAUUUGUAAAAACAACUUUAUUAUUCAAGAAGAUACUUAUUUUUAAUUCCUUAGAUAAUUCUUUAUGGGGAUGAUGCUUUUGAAAGAUAAAUUAAAGUUUUGAUGAAUAUUUAAUUUUGA